AUGUUCAGAUUUCUUUCUCGUUCUGGUAAUCUGAGAAGAGUAGCUUCACUCGUUCCAAAAAUUCAAGGAGCACGGGGCUUUUCUCGAAGCGCACCUAGAAGCCAAGAAAUUGAAGUAUUCGUAGAUGGAAAUCCUGUACUAAUCGAACAGGGAAGUGCCGUCAUUCAGGCAUGCGAAAAAGCCGGUUAUACUAUACCUCGUUUUUGUUAUCAUGAGCGACUUUCUGUUGCUGGUAAUUGUCGAAUGUGCCUUGUGGAAUUAGAGAAAUCUCCUAAACCAAUUGCCUCCUGUGCAAUGCCCGCUCUGCCCGGUAUGAAGAUCAAGACCGACACCCCACUCGUCAAGAAAGCUCGUGAAGGUGUGAUGGAAUUUUUGCUGUCCAAUCACCCGUUGGAUUGUCCUAUAUGCGACCAAGGUGGUGAGUGCGACCUGCAAGAUCAAGCUGUUAGAUACGGUAGUGAUCGAGGAAGAUUUCAUGAAGUCGGCAAGAGGGCUGUGGACGACAAAAAUUUUGGUCCUUUGAUAAAAACAUCCAUGAACAGGUGUAUCCAUUGCACGCGGUGUGUGCGUUUUGCUAAUGAAGUUGCUGGUGUUCCCGAGUUAGGAACAACUGGUAGGGGUAAUGAAAUGCAGAUAAGUACUUACAUCGAGAAAACAAUAAACUCUGAAAUGUCUGCAAAUGUAAUUGAUCUGUGUCCUGUUGGCGCUUUGACCGCAAAACCCUAUGCCUUUUCUUAUCGACCUUGGGAACUCAAGAGAACGGAGUCGAUCGAUGUGUUUGAUGCGAUUGGUAGCAAUAUCAGAGUAGACUCCCGUGGGGUUGAGGUCAUGCGUGUCUUGCCCAGGAUUAAUGAUGAGAUAAAUGAAGAGUGGAUUUCUGACAAGACGAGAUUUGCUUUUGAUGGACUUAAGAGGCAACGUCUCACUAUGCCGUUGAUUCGAAGUGGUGACAAGUUUCUACCCGCAACAUGGGAGCAAGCUCUUACCCGCGUAGCCAAUGAAAUUCACAAGAUAAAAGGACCAGAGGCGAAAGCGAUUGCUGGGCAACUUGUCGAUGCUGAAAGUUUGGUUGCCCUCAAGGAUCUAUUUAACCGUUUCGGCAGUGAUAAUUUUGCUAUCGACACUGUCAAUGGUUCCAAAAUUCCUACCCAUGGUAUUGACUUCCGUUCCAAUUACCUUUUCAACAGCAAGAUAGCGGGGGUUGAGGAUGCAGAUGUACUCUUGUUGGUUGGUGUUAACCCUCGCCACGAAGGACCUAUCCUUAAUACCAGGAUUCGAAAGGGUUACCUUCACAAUGGAUUAGAUGUAGGAUUGGUAGGUUACCCUAGUGAUACCGGCUAUGAGUACGACCACAUAGGCACUAGCAGUGAUGCGCUUGGAUCCAUUUUAAACGGAGAACAUCCAUUCGCCAAAAAAAUAGCGGAAUCUCAAAGACCUCUUAUCAUAGUUGGGAGUGGAGUCCUGGAUGUUCCUGAUAGUGAAUAUGUCUUUUCCGCUGUCGCCGAAAUAGCAAGCAAGUACAAGACACAAUUCUUUCAAGAAAAUUGGAAUGGCUUUAACGUUUUGCAAAGGGCUGCGAGUCAUACUGCAGCUUACGAUAUCGGUUUUAUUCCUUCGGAAAACUCAAGUGAAAUUACGCCAAAGUUCGUCUAUUUAUUAGGUGCUGACGAAAUUAAACCUCAUGAUAUCCCAAAGGAUGCGUUCGUCGUGUAUCAAGGUCAUCAUGGCGAUACAGGUGCGCACUAUGCUGACGUUAUUCUCCCAGGGUCUGCUUAUACGGAAAAGAGUGCAACAUAUGUAAAUACUGAAGGUCGAGCGCAACUCAGUCGAGCUGCUGUUCCUCCGCCAGCUGCCUCACGAGAAGAUUGGAAGAUCAUCCGUGCCUUAUCAGAGGUUGCCGGGUUUACUUUGCCAUAUGAUGAUGUUUCCUCUAUUCGUGAUCGCAUGAAUGAGAUUGCCCCACACCUUACUCAUUAUGAUACUAUUGAAUACUCGAGUAAUUCCGAACUAGGAGUCAAAAACCUAGUGAAAAACGCGGCAAAAUCAUUGGGCGCUACGUUUAAUCCCGUUAUUCAAGAUUUUUAUAUGACCGACAGCAUAUCUCGGGCAAGCCAAACCAUGGCCAA